AGCCAUUUUUCAGCUUCUGUUACUCAUAAUUGACAAGCCACCCCUGUUGCUGUCGAUCUCUUCGUGAUCGUCCGUAAUAUCCCUUAUUUAUCCUUGAGCAGGUUGUAUUUGUUCGAGGUAUCCCCCUCGAUGUCAUUUAACUACUACAAAAUUGAUUUUCAUUGAGUUUGGUCGAACGCUCUCAAAAUUCGUUCCUACAUAGAGCCUCUCUGAUGCGAAUGUUAGUCAGGACUGGCUUAUGACAUGAAAAUAUUGGAAUCCAUAUAAUCACACAGCCUCAUUUUACAUGAAGAAAAUGUUCAUGAUGUCCCUCUGGCCAUAGACGGACUCACAUAGUCUUCGACGUGGACAGUUCUCGUAUUGAGGCGUAACACCAGGAGCACCACAAUGGGGCAGACGUGUUGCGCAGGAGCGCCGCAGCAAGGCGCAGAAACGAUAAACAUAGACGAUGGCAAGUCAGAAUGGAAACCAGACUUGAGCAAUGCAGUCUAUACAGAGAAGGUUUUUCCAGUCGGGAAAUAUCAGGUACAAUUGUUCGCUCAGAAAUUCAUAUUUUUUUGUGGCGUGCCAAUAGUACUUGUUAAAACAGCUCGUGAUUUGCUUUCUGUCUUCGUAUAGUCUUUAGCCUUGCCAACGAGAUCACUGUUACAAUGACUCCGUCACGAAACAAAUCAGGGCCAAAUGCUUAAUGGCAUGAGGUGUGGAAAGGGUGUAUGCAAAUACAAUGCGGGACCAAGUUAUAAUGGACAGUGGUGGAACGAUAAGUGCCAUGGUGAAGGCGUCUUCACAGAUAAAGAUAGCACAUAUACUGGGUACUGAGACCACUACAUGCAUUGUUUGACAGUUUGUUGUGCUUGGUUUUGCUAUUGGUUACUUCUCCACGGCCACUUAUUUUAAAUAUCAUCAUGAUACGUUUGCGUUGUUGAUAUUGAAAAUGUUCACUUUGAUCUCGUCGAGUGAAGGCGAGUGGUGUUAAUAUCAGCACUUCUACCGUAGCAGGAAGUCGAUAAAGAUUUUUAAUUUAUUUUUGAUUUCCAUCCAAAUCAAACAGCCAAUGGGUCAGCGGUAAGAAGCAUGGUAUGGGAGAAGAGAUAUGGAAGGACGAUGGUACCAAGUACAAGGGUAUGCAUCAUAUGGGCAACAAGCAUGGAAAGGGAACCUAUGUGUGGCAAGAUGGUACACAACUUACUUUGACUUAUAAAUAGUUGGAAGAUGAUCAUGUAAAUAAUGAAUUGCAAUUGACGAUAGGAAAUUGAAUAGUAAUCGUCUCGCACACUUUUUACAUCCCAAGUUGGUGUCCAGUUCUGUUGGAACAUUCACAGGCUCAAGCUAUUCUGGGUCAUUCGAAAAUGACGUCUUCAAAAAAAAAUAAUACAGGUUCAAGCUACUCUGGUUCUUUCGAAAAUGACGUCGUGCAAGGAGAAGGAAAACUCAUCGAUGCAGAUGGUGGUGUGUACACAGGUCAAUUCUUGGACAAUAUGCAACACGGAAAGGGGACGUACGUGAGCAAGGAAGAUUAUGACCAUGAAAAAUUGUUUGUUGUUGUUGUUUUACUUACAUUAGAUCGAACCGAUAUCGAAUGAGAGGACAACAUGUACUUAACGCCUCCGCGUCUAGAAGUUAUCUCCCUGAAGACCACAGGGCUUGACUUUCGUUCCCUUUCCUCUCCGUCAACACGAAAACAAAACCCUAUCUUUCAUAAUGUUUCCAACAUUUUCAUCGCAGCUCUAGUACCCUCAACAUCUUUUUUCCUCCUCUAAUCCGGAAAGUACGAAGGCCAGUGGCACGAGACAUUGAAGCACGGCAACGGUACUGAGACGGACCUGAUUGCGCAGGUGAGCUACCAGGGACCAUUCGCAGAUAACUCCAGGCACGGAAGGGGCACAGAGAUAGAUCUCAAGACCAAUAAGAGCACACCAGUGGUCUACGUGAACGGAGUGAAGAAGAAGUAAAGAUGAGGUGGCCCUGUUAUUGUUUUUUCAGAUUUUUUCAUAGAACAGAAUCUGUCAUAAGGAGGAGGCAGGGAAUGCGCAGCCUCUCGUUGCCAAAUUCUAGGAGGCGAUCAACAUGUUGGAGCUGCUUUUAAAUCUGUACAAAUACUUAAUAGUCUACGAUCAAGAUCAUCGCUAAAAUAUUAGCUUAGUCUUAGAAGAAAUUCAUCCGGAAUUAAUCCGAAUUUCUGACUGGAAAAACAUGUUAACAAGUCUUACAGUUUUUACGCAUCAUUCAAACUAGUAAAAGUGAAUUUUCGCCAAGACCGAGUCUGGAACACGGACUGGAACAUCCGACGUCAUAGAAAAUGUAAACCUUUACAUGUUGUUGAAAACAUGGGAAAACGAAAAUCUGUGGUGCCAUGUACUUAAAUCGAUUCCGUUGAGAAAAAGGAGCACAUCAGAUAUCUUGUACAUUGAACUUUGGUAUUUCGAGCAUCUACUCAAAAUUAUACAGAAUAGAGAGAGUCGUGAAACAGGCAUA